AUGGUUGGUGGAUUAAUUGCAUGUACUUUCUAUUUGAUCAUUUUAAAUGUUAUCGUUUUUCAUAUCUUUCAUGACGAAAACGUUGCUUGGCAUGUUAGUUCACUUGAAGUUUAUUGGCCGUUUGCAUUGAUCGUUGGUUUUGUUUUCAUCAUUUAUGUCUAUCGAUCACCUUUUGAAAUGCGUUCUGACUACACAAAGAAUAAAGUGAUGCAACAAAACUAUGAUGAUGCUGAAUUGGAUUUUCUUAAACACAAAGCUGUAGUGAGUAUGCCUUUGUCUGACAAUCGUCAGGGUAUGACAGUAGCAGAAUUAGAACGAAGUAACAGAAAGUCAUCAUCGGCAGAAGAUGAACCAAGUAAUAAUCGUAAUAAAUUUUUUAUGGAUAAAAUCAAAGAUACUUUCACUCGUAUCUAUCAAAAAGAAAAGAAACAAACGAAAUUGAGUAUCUUACGGCAAGUAGUCGGACUUAUUGUUGUUCUUGCUGUUGCAGUACUACGUGCGUGUGUACCAACAAUUUAUCGUAAAUAUAGACGUGAUUACACGUUUCCGAACACGACAAAACCAUUUCAGCUUGCUAUGGCUGCUAUGGGUGGUGGAGUCAUUUUUGCUGCAAUUUUGGGCAUUGUUGCUAUUAUUCAGCUAAUUUAUUAUCAAGCCGGUGGUCUUGUAACAUUGACAACUCUUCUAGGAAUAAUUGAUAUAGGCAUUAUAAUUAUUCUUGUCCUUAUUUUUCUAUACAAUAUUGUAAUUAUCAAUACCGCCUUGGAUAAUGUAGAAGGAUUACUUUUGCGUACGAAAAAGGAAGUAUUCGUACAAUCAACAAAACGUAAAUUUCAAGACAACGACUGGAAUAUUGAUUAUUUGAGUGCGAUGGCUGAACAAUUUUCUGUCGAUAAAGAUACUUAUUACGUAAAUAUCUUUGGAUUUAUCGUUAAUAAAGCAUUGGUCAUCAAAGCUGCAUCAGCAAUGAUAGUUUCUUUCACUGCACAAGUAAUGUUGUUUCUUAAAAAGAAAACGAAUGUGGAAUAG